ACACUGAGUUUGAAUAUCAUUUCGGUGUAACAGUCAGUAUGAGUACGGUUGACUUUUAUUAUUACCCUUCGAGCGCCCCUUGCCGAGCUAUCUUGUUCACAGCUAGAGCGAUUGAUUUAAAUCUUAACCUCAAACACGUUGAACUUUUCCAAGCAGAACAUACUAAAGAGGACUUCAUAAAGUUGAAUCCUCACCAACAAGUACCACUAAUUGUUGAUAAUGGAUUUUGCCUGGGAGAAUCCAGAGCUAUCCAAAUGUAUCUUUUCAAUAGAUACUCAAAGCCAGAACAUGAUGAUUAUUAUCCUAAAGAAUUGACUGGCAGAGGAAAGAUAGACUGGCUUUUAUAUUACGAUGCAACCACCAUAUGGCCUGCUGUCCAACCCUAUUAUGCAUCAAUCAUGUAUAAAAGUAGGCAACCAAACCAAGAAGAGAAAGAGAAACUUGAAAAAGCUUUCAACGAUCUGGAUACAAUCUAUUUUAGUAAAAACGUCUUCUUAACGGGUGAUAAACCAACUUUAGCUGACUUAUCGAUUGCGGCAACGAUAACUCUUCUAGAUGUCAUCCAAUAUGACUUCUCUACGUACAAAGGCAUAUCCAGGUUCCUUUCAAAUGCAAGAAAAGCUGACUGGUAUCAAGCUGGAGACAACGAUUAUCGAAAGUUGAUUGAAGAGUGGCAGAAGGGUUUCAGAGAGAAGGGUCUAAUUGACUAG